AUGAAUUAUGAUUAUAUUCUCUUCAUUGUUCCUGAUAUUGGAGUAGUGAAUCCGAGAAGACGUAUCGAAAAAUUUAUUGAUGCUGAAUCUGAUAUCGUUAUGUAUGAACGAUUUCAUCCCAUUGAACUCAUGGUUGAUUCAUAUCUUGUAAAGAAUUCAAGAUGGGCACGUGAUUUUCUUGAACGUAAGCGUCACAUGAAGAUUGGUUGGGCAGACUAUGAAAAGCGAUUACCUCACAGUUUUCAUGGCGACGACAACGGAGCCCUUUAUGUAAGGAUUACUUAUUAUCGCAUAUGUAUAACCUAA